CUCCCUCCGGUCUAUGCCGAUCGAAGAUCACAUGGCCGUGUUAUCCGGCAGCUACGCACGUUUUCGGAGCUAAGCACCUUCCACCUCUUCGCCGCUCGGGCAGCCUAUAAGUCUCUCACUUCCUACAACCCCAACACAUCAAUCCAUGUGUCUCCCAGGCUGUUGGAGCUAUACAGACUUGGAAAUCGAGGACGAACCCCCAAGACCAAGGAGGAUGGCAGCGCCUUUCAAUGUCGGCCCAGGCCAGCAAAACCCAAGCAUGACCUACGUCUACUACGCGCAACCCGGAGGCGGCUAUGCUGCGGUGGCAGUCCCCCAAGUCCAAGCUCCGCAGCAGACCUACGUCUAUGCAAACCAGCCAGCUGUCGGCAUGGCUGGUGCGCCCAUUCAGCAGCCUAAUCUAGGCCCGACUCCAUACCCUGCUCAAUACACGGGCCAACCGAUGGCUAGCUACGGCCCUUACCACCACUACCAUAUGGGUCGCACCAAGGAGCAAGUUGAUAUGGACAACCGCCGCACGGCGUACCAGCAAGGUGCUUAUUCCAUGCAUCCCAUUGCGCCUGAUAACCCGCCCCCAGACACACAGUUUUGGUGCAAGGAAGUCGAUGGAGAAUGGACGCUAAGGACUUUCUUUACCAUACAGGAGGACCUCAAGCCGGGUAAUUGGAAAUAUGCUCCUGACACUGGCAUGUUUGUCUACAUCAGGAAAUAGGAGGGGAUGAUGGCAAAGCGAAUGGUGGUUCUGGGUUCCCGAGAGGCCUACAUGACGAACGCAUCAUAUUAGCGAAGAGCUUUCACGACAAUCAGCAAGCCAUUCUCGAGCG